AGCCAUUUAAUCAUUUCUUACUCAAAAACUAUCCAUAAUAGUCGAGUCUCAGAGACAGGGAGAGAGACAUAGAGAGGGCACUGCGAUGGAAAAUCAUUGCUCGAGGCAACAACUCAAGCGAGUUGAAUACACUGAAGCUUCGAGUCCGACCAUGUCGAAGCGACUAAGACACGAAGAAUCGUUUGAAUUACAGUCGGAGGAGUGCGAGAGCGAACUGCCUCUUCUUCUUCCUUCUUCGGACUCGAUGGAGAAGAUCAAUGUGCUGUCGGAGUCCGGGGAGAGUUCUGGGCCAUCUGCUUCAUCCACCUCUGUAAUUGGAAAUAAUUACUAUGUAUUCUUGAGUUUUAGAGGCCCUGAUACUCGCAAUGGCUUCGUCGAUCACCUCUACCACAGGCUCAAAGAUGUGGGCCUAAGGUUCCAGCCAAACUUUGUGUUCAGAGAUGAUAACGACCUCCCCUUGGGCGACGACAUUGCUGUAAAUCUUAUCAGUGCAAUCACGCACUCAAAGGUUUCAAUCCCAGUCAUCUCCCAAAAUUAUGCUUCGAGCGAAUGGUGCCUCCGCGAGCUCAUUCGUAUAAUGGAGUGCAAGGAAAGCAGAGGACAAAUGGUCUUGCCCGUGCUUUACAAGGUGAAGCCCAAGGAUGUGCAACACCUAGGGGGUAGCUUUGGAGAGGCCUUCCGAUCCCAGGAGCAUCUUUUUGAUGAGGAGGUCAAGCAACAAGGGAAGGAAGCGCUCAGAAAAGCAGCUUACUCUAGAGUAUUCGAAUCAGAGAAAUAUGCUAAUGGGCGUGAAGCAGAAUUAGUAAGUGAACUUGUAGAAAUCGCAAUGCGCGUGUGA